AUGAGUCAGAAAACGGGCAAGGAGGGUCCCAGACUCUCCAAGAACCAGAGGUUCUCCGAGCACUUCAGCAUACACUGCUGCCCGCCGUUCACCUUCCUCAACUCCAAGCGGGAGAUUGUGGAUCGGAAAUACAGCCUCUGUAGGAGCGGCUGCUUCUACCAGAAGAAAGAGGAGGACUGGAUUUGCUGCGCCUGCCAGAAGACCAGAACCAGCCGCCGUGCAACGUCCCCUCAGAGGCCCAAGGUCCAGCCAGCUGUGCCCCCCGCGGUGGUCAGAGCACCAGCCAAGCCAAGGUCCCCUCCGAGGCCCAAGCUCCAGCCAGCUGUGCCCCCCGCGGUGGUCAGAGCACCAGCCAAGCCAAGGUCCCCUCCGAGGACUGAGCGUCCGUCACGUCCCCGCCCAGAAGUCCGAACACCACCAGCCAAGCAGCGCCCCCCUCAGAAGCCUAAGCAACAACAGCGCAGCAGCCCCCUCAGAGGGCCAGGCGCCAGCCGUGGGGGGUCCCCCGUCAAAACUUCUAGGUUCUGGUAACACCAUCUCUUCCCUUUUGUUCCCCAGCCCUAAGGUUAGUAGCUGCUUCCUGUGUUUACUAACAUCCUAUUAGAGGCUAUUUCAAUGAUCCUCUUUCAGCCCUACCAAACCUGUGUAAUCAACUCCCUGCAUUAAAUCCCCUCUGGUUGAAA